CUCUGUCCGCAGCCAUGGCCAAUCCCAGCACCAUCUACCACAUGAUGCCGCAGUCUGCAUGGCAGGCAUGGCAGGCAACGUCCACAGAGGGCUACAAGCCGCCCACCUUUGACGCCGACGGCGGCUUCAUCCACUGCACCUCGGAGCUGGACACCAUGCUGACGGUGGCCAACCGGUUUCUGAUCGGCAUCGCCGAGCCGAUUGUUGUCCUCCAGCUAGAUGUGGACAAGUGCUCGGCUGAGGUGGUGUUUGAGGCGCCGGCGCCGGUGGGCGAGACCGACUCGCCGGCCGAGCUGGAGACCGUCCUCUUCCCACACAUCUACGGCCCGCUCAACAUGGAGGCUGUCAGUGACUCGUGGCUGGCGACGCGGGCUACCGAUGGCGCGUUUGUGAACAUGGCCAAGCCGGCCGAGGCGUAAAACAGGGCAAGGAACUACUAUGAGAUGCGUGAGCUGUCCAUGGAGAUCUGCGAGACGCCGACCGAUGAUGCUUCACGAGCGGCAGCGAGAACGGCCUGUCGGAUG